CACCUGAGGCUCUGCGGGGUCCCACCCGGGCCAAACACCGCCCCCGGGCGGCAGGUGGGCGCAAGCGCAGCGCAUGCUAAUGAGCCCGCGGCGCGGCGCGCCGAUUGGCUGGCGCGGAUGCCAGCGGCUUUCCCGGGGCGGGGGCCGAGGCCGAGGAAAGGGGCGCCGCAGGCAGCAGCCGCCCCCGCCCCGCGCUCGGGGCCGCCCUCUUCCCCCCGGGACGACAGGGCGUGUGCGGGGCGCGCGGGAGCCUUCGCCGGGGGCUUCCCCUGCUGCGGUCCGCUCGAGUUCUGGUUCGGCGUUCGUCGCGGGUCCAGGAUGACGAUCCGACACCAAGGCCAACAGUACAGGCCGAGGAUGGCAUUUCUGCAGAAGAUCGAAGCCCUAGUGAAGGACAUGCAGAAUCCGGAGACGGGGGUUAGAAUGCAGAGCCAGAAGGUUCUGGUCACCAGUGUCCCUCACGCCAUGACAGGAAGUGACGUUCUACAGUGGAUCGCCCAGCGCCUUUGGAUCUCUAAUCUGGAGGCACAGAACUUGGGCAGCUUUAUUGUCAAGUAUGGCUACAUUUACCCCCUGCAAGAUCCCAGGAAUCUCGUUCUCAAGCCUGAUAACAGCCUCUACCGAUUUCAGACGCCGUAUUUCUGGCCCACCCAGCAGUGGCCGGCUGAAGAUACAGACUAUGCCAUCUAUUUAGCCAAGCGAAAUAUAAAGAAGAAAGGGAUUUUAGAAGAAUAUGAGAAGGAAAAUUAUGAUUUCUUGAACAAAAAAAUUAACUACAAAUGGGACUUUGUCAUUAUGCAGGCCAAAGAGCAAUACAGGACUGGAAAGGAAAGGACUAAAGCAGACAGGUAUGCACUGGAUUGCCAGGAGAAGGCGUAUUGGCUGGUCCACCGAUGCCCCCCGGGAAUGAACAACGUGCUGGACUAUGGCCUGGACCGAGUGACCAAUCCAAAUGAAGUCCAGGUAAACCAGAAACAAACAAUCACUGCUGUCAGAAAAGAGAUCAUGUAUUACCAACAGGCCUUAAUGAGGUCCACUGUGAAGUCUUCAGUGUCCCUUGGAGGGAUCGUCAAAUACAGUGAGCAGUUUUUGUCCAACGACGCCAUCAUGUCAGGCUGCCUCCCCAGCAAUCCUUGGAUAACAGAUGACACCCAGUUCUGGGACUUAAAUGCCAAAUUGGUAGAAAUCCCAACCAAGAUGCGGGUGGAACGAUGGGCCUUCAACUUCAGUGAAUUGAUCCGAGACCCCAAGGGCCGACAGAGCUUCCAGUACUUUCUCAAGAAAGAAUUCAGUGGGGAGAAUCUGGGAUUCUGGGAAGCCUGUGAAGAUCUGAAGUACGGAGAUCAGUCCAAGGUCAAGGAGAAAGCAGAGGAGAUUUACAAGCUCUUCUUGGCCCCAGGGGCGAGACGGUGGAUAAACAUAGAUGGCAAAACCAUGGACAUCACCGUCAAGGGGCUGAGGCAUCCCCACCGCUACGUGCUGGAUGCGGCACAAACGCACAUCUACAUGCUCAUGAAGAAGGAUUCUUAUGCUCGCUACUUAAAAUCUCCAAUCUAUAAGGAAAUGCUGGCCAAAGCUAUUGAACCUCAGGGAACCACCAAGAGAAGCUCCAGCCUCCCGUUUAUGCGGCGCCACCUGCGCUCCAGCCCGAGUCCCGUCAUCCUGAGGCAGCUGGAAGAAGAAGCCAAGGCUCGAGAAGCUGCCAACACAGUGGACAUCACCCAGCCGGGCCAGCACACUGCUCCCAGUCCUCACCUGGCCGUGUACACCGGGACCUGCGUGCCCCCUUCUCCUUCCAGCCCCUUCUCCCCAUCCUGCCGCUCCCCCAGGAGGCCUUUCCCUUCACCGGGCCGCUUCAUCCGGAGGCCCAGCAGCGCCAUCUGCCCCUCGCCCAUUAGGGUGGUCUUGGAGAGCUCUGAGCAGAAGGGGGAGGCCAGCGGAUCCAGUGCCUGCCCCGGGCCCUCCGACACUGACAGGAGCGAGGCCUCAGCCGCCGAGCACCCCUGGCCCAGGCCCCAGCCCAAGUCCCCGCCCAAGGCCCGCAUGGCUCUGUCCUUCAGCAGGUUUCUGAGACGGGGCUGUUUAGCUUCACCCGUCUUUGCCAGGCUCUCACCCAAGUGCCCCCCUGUGUCACACGGGAAGGUGCAGCCCCUGGGGGAUGCGGGCCAGCAGCUGCCACGACUGAAAUCCAGGCGAGUAGCGAACUUUUUCCAGAUCAAAAUGGAUGUGCCUACGCAGAGUGGAACCUGCCUGAUGGACUCAGAGGACGCUGGGGCAGGAGACGCGGGUGACCAGGCCAUAGAAAAGGAGGUCAUCUGCCCCUGGGAGAGCCUGGCCGAGGCGAAAGCUAGCUGAGCCGGGGGCCCUGGACGAAGAAGACGCUCCUGGCAGACCCUGCCAGAGGGGGCCGUGGGCAUGCCUGCUCUCGAACCAGAGUCCAUUACGAUCACAUUUGGGGGCCAGAGAGACAAGAUGGGAUGGAUUAUGGGGAGGUGUGCGCUGGCUGGGGUCCUGAUGGCAGUUCCUACCCUUCCUCCUGACCUUCCCUCCCUUGGGCAGAAGAAAGGUAUGGGGACCAGACAACUUUACUUGCUGCCUUAAAACCGAUAAAAGGUUAACUUGUAAGAGUCUUUUGGAUCGGAAUGUUAGUGUGUGCCUGGUUUUAUUAGUUAGGAGCUGUUACUUACGAGUUUAUGUGUUAAACUCAUUUCUUCUUUGGUUUUAGGGACAAAGGGACACUGAGUCACUUCUAAGAACUCCCUCCCUGUCUAAAUUGGUUUGUACAUGUCACUUUUAUCAAUGGAGCUCCCCAUAGUAUGGCACCAUUCAGGAAGGAGGUGUUGGGGAAAAGCAUCUUUCUAGAAUGCCAGGUGUGUUGUUCAGAUCCACCAAGAAGUAGAAACAAGAUGCGAUUAGAUGGGCAAGGGAUUUUUUGGGGGAAACACCUACGAAGGAUAAAGAGCGGGAGCUGAAGAAGAAGAGGGUGAGGGCCUUUGGACCAUGGGCAGGGCUGGCCUCUGGGGAAGGAGGAGCGGGUAGGGAGAGUCUCAGAUGGCAGUGCAGUUCCAAGAAAGUUUUGGCCACACCACUGGGGUGUCCCUGAGGCAAAGUCACAUUGGAGGGGUCCUAUGUCUGGCAGGAAUGGUUCUGCCUUAAGAUCUCCACAUGCAAGGUCACUGGCUGGUGACCCCUGGGGAGAUGCUUGGCCCUGGCACGGACACACUGGUGGCCCUUGGUCCAUAUGCUCCCUGCGGCAGGGGACCUGAGCACACAUGUUCCUGUAGGCUGCAUGUAACCCAGUAGGCUCCCCUGGAGGUGGUGCCCCCACCCUCUUCUCCCAGUCAUUAUUCAACAAGUAUUUGUUGAGCACCUACUAUGUGCCACGCCCUGUGCUAGGCCCUGGGGUUGCAGCUGUGGGUAAGACUCCUGGCCUCCUGGAAUUCGUCUUGAUCAGUUGUUCUCAACCAGGGACAGCUUUGCCCCUAGCGGACACUGAGCAGUGUCUCUAGAUGUUUUUGGGUGUUAAGACCGGUGCGGGAAAUGCUACCGGCAUCCGGUAGGUAGAGGGCAAGGAUGCUGCUAAAGUUCCACAAAGCACAGGAUAGUCCCCUACCCGGCCACAAACAAAAGAUGAUCUUGUCCAAAAUAUCAAGUGCCCUUGCUGAGAAAUCCUAGAAUAGAGAUUACAGGUUAGGCCUUGUGUUGCUGGCCAUGUGCCCCUUGUCAUUGGUUUCUGCUCAGAGCCCUGAAGUAUUAGAUGAAGGGGUCUUGCUGGGAUUAUGAUUGGAUUAAACAGUGGGUUGAGAUUAAGGGCUACAUGGUAAGAAAAACAAAACAAACAGAAAAGAAAAACAAAACAACAAAACAAAAACAUUUCUUAAAAGUUGCAUGGAAAGUUCUCACAGGAAAAAAAAAAUUCGAAUGGGUUGCCAAACCACUCAUCAUGCCCGUCCCCCUAAUCCCCAGCUUCAUCAGAUUUCAAUUAGUAGAUCAAAGCCCCUCACUUGCUUUGAACGUUGGACAACUUACCUUAUUGAGCCCAUAAAUCCUGCAGCUACUGAGUCAUCUGUCCUGAUACUUCUAGAGAUGAAUGGUGGCUAGGUGCAUGGCCAAAACCAGGACUUGCCAACCAUGCAGGGAGACCCAGAUGAUUUUAUACUGAAAGAGCCUAUCAUUUUACAUUCUAUGGAACCCACUCCUUGGGGCUCAAGAGUCACUCAUUGAGGGGUAAGGAAAUUUUCUUGCAGAGAGUACACAGAAUGGGCUGGAUCUGUGCCCAGACUUGCACCCUACAGCAAUGGGUUUCCACUCCUUAAGCCCCCAGGGUCCUAAAGAGAAACCAAGCCCACCUGGAUCUUCAGCAUCAACUACUGGAGACUACAGGAUUUGCUGAUUGGAUUAGGUGAGGUCCAGACUCAAGGGCAGUAACAAAGAGACCCCAGAAGGAAGGAAGGGGUUCAAACAUGAAGGAGUUUUUGACUCUGUCACAUAACUGCCCAAAGGCGGGAGGCGGACUAUGGUGAGCAGAUUCCAGGGAAGAGAGGAAAUCUAAGGGCUCCACCCAACCCCUAGUCACUGGCAUGGCUUAUUCACCUUGUCUGGAUAUUAGAAUCUGCUGGAACCUUGAAAGAUCUCGAUGCUCAGGCCACACCCAGUCCAAUCAAGUCAGAGUCUCUGGAGGUGGAGCCUUGGCAUCAAGAUUUUUAAAGAAACUUUCCCAGAUGAUUCCCAUGUCCAGACAAGGUUGGGAACCACCAGGCUGGGGUAGUGAUUGAAACUGGUUCAUGGCCCCCACAUCCAUGUUCACGCUCAGAGAGACAAUAGGAAAAAAGAAAGUGGGGGGGGUCUUGAGUUCACAACCUAGAAGUGGUAGCUGCCGUUCCCACUCGCACCCCAUUGGUCUGUACUUGUUCACGUGGCCACGCCUAGCCGAAGGGAUGCUGGGAAAUGUAGCCUCCCGUUAGGCCAGCUUGUCCCUAGGUAAGCUUCUGGAGGUUCCAACAGUAGGAAGGAAGGUGGGUAGGACGGAUAUUGGUGGAGCUUAGUCUUUCCCCCACUAUUACACAGUCUUGGUGGAAGAAGUGGAGAGUGUGUGGUGGAAAAGGGGAGAAAGUAGGAGGUGGGGCAAGAGAAGCUGAGAGUGGCUGAUCCGUUUGUGUUUGGCCAAAUCUUGGGUCAGUAUCUACAAAAUGCCUCUUCUCUAUUCCGUGGCUGGGUGGCUUUGCCUUCAUUCAGAAUGAAUACCAAACCCCAGGCGAGGUGCUAAGAGUGCAGCUGAUUCUCUCAUGGAAUUCUGUUAUUGCUCAGAGGCAAGCUGGGGAAGUCAGAUCUGCAGGUCACCGGUAGACACAAGAUUACCCCUACCCUGCCCCUUCCCAGUGUGGCACAGCUCCUCGAUUCCUUUAUCUUCGAGCUUGGGGCUGCUAACUCGACCGUCUUCAUGGGGUUAUUUGAAGACACAUAAAAUGCAAUGACACAUAUAAAACUUUUUGCCUGUUCAGAACUUUAUAGGGGGCAAGAAGGAAACAACUUUAUCCACCACCCAUUCCCCCCCACCUCUCCCUCCCUGUAAACCUACACUGUGAGUUAGUUUGGUUUUCCAACCCUGGCUGAAAGCUCUGGCAAGUCCCAUAACUUUCCUGAUCCCUUCCGGUUAAUAAAUCCUCCAAGCACUGUCAGUGACAAGAACCAUCUCAAUGUAGCUCUGUCCGCAUGCAGUUCAGAUGUUAGUGUAAUGAGCAAAACUCAGAACUUCAUCCAGAGGUAAAGUUCCUUCUCUCCUCCCCUUGAACUGAGCCAGGUUGGGGAAGGGGGUCAGCUUCUUCUCUCUUUCCUGUCUUGCUCUGCUUUUCUUCUUCCCCACUCACCAUGUAGCCCGUGGCUCCUGGAGGGGUGGGCUGGCGAGCCAGGAAGUUCUUAGUUGACAGACACAAAAAGCAUCGGUCAUGGUGCUUGCUGGGAUUCACCUGCGGGCUCUUCCUUAGCUGGGGUUUUCUUGGAUUCUUGGGGUCUUCUGGUCCCUUCCUUGGUCAGAAGGGACCACGAGUCUCCUCCAGCCGGCUGCAUGAGGAAUUCAUCCCAUGGUCCACAUCUCGGCUGUGAUUACAUCCCCUGUUGCUGGGGCAAGAGUCAAAUGACUGUGCGCCAGCUCCCUUCUGUGUAGACCCUUCAGACCCUGGCAUCCUUGCCCCAGUCGGGCAGCCCUGCCCUUUUUCCUCUCCUCUCUGUUGCGUGGCUUUACCUGAUCUCAGCUUUCUUCUGGUUCUUUCCCUCUCACUCUGACUGCACAAGUCAAGCCCUCUAAGUGACUCAUAAAACUCCUUUCUUAGCUUAAUAGCCAAGGACCCUCUUCCCCAGGGAGUGGGUUUGCAAGAAUGACUUUGGACCACCCCUGUGGUAGUCCUGCCCACGUGUCCAGCACUUCACUGGGACCUGGUUGGCCAGUGGUUGGCACCUACCCUUUUCUUCUUGGCCUUUGGGGCCACAGCAGAAAUGGAGACAGAACGAAUCCUAUUUUAACAUUCCAUUUUAUUUGUCACACUUUCACGAGCAGAGCAAUGUCUUUGGGAGUCCUAAGGUGGUUGUGCCUUUGCCUUCUGGGGAGGGGACCCUUGGUGGCUUGUUUGAAGCUAUGAAUGCGUUGAGCCUGAGAAGAGACAGUGCUGCCCCUUGCUUCUUUGCUAGGAAAGAAAAGAAGAAAUAUCUUUAAGGAGUCUGUACCAGCCAAGUACUGCAGGGUCCCCUGGUGCAGAGAAGGUGAGCAGGGGAGGGUCAGAGGAUGUGGGAUCUCCACUCACCUCGGCCUCAGAGGCCCGGCCCUCUGCUCUGGGCAUCAUCUCCUCACACUUCACCAGAAGAGGGAGUCCACGGCUCACAGAUCCCCAAAGAGAGGUGGCUGAGAUUUCCCCUCAGCAAUCCAGAGCCCAGCAUUGGAGAAGUCAGAGGGGUCUU